AUGGCAGAUCUGACAGUGAUACUGAUGGUCCUCUGUCCUCUCCUGGCUUUGUCCAGGGACACCUUACCACGUUUCUUGGAGCAAGUUAAACAUGAAAGUCACUUCUCCAAUGGGAUGGAGCGGGUGCAGUACCUGGUGAGAUACUUCUAUAACCAGGAGGAGUAUGUUCGCUUCGACAGUGACUUGGGGCAAUACAAGGUGGUGACCAAGCUGGGGCAGGCAGAUGCUGAGUACUGGAACAGCCAGAAGGAUUGCCUGGCGCAGAAACGGGCUGCAGUGGACAGGUUCUACAGAGACAACCACAGGAUUGGUGAGAGCUUUACUGUGCAGAGGAGGGGUGAACAUAGGGUGGGUGGCAGUCCAAACAAAGAGGGCCAUUUAAUGGACCACAACCUCCUGGUCUGCUCAAUGAGUGGGUUCUACCCAGGCCACAUUGAAAUCAGAUGGUUCUGGAAUGGCCAUGAGGAGGAGGCUGGAGUUUUGUCCACAGGCCUGCUGCAGAAUGGAGACUGGACCUUCCAGACCCUGGUGAUGUUGGAAACAGUUCCUCAGAGUGGAGAGGUUUACACCUGCCAGGUGGAGCACCCAAUCCUGAAGAGCCCUGCUGCAGUGGAGUGGAGUGAGUGA